GGAUCCCUCCUUUGGUGUUGCCUGAUCAGGGAGUUCUUUACAUACACUCUGGCAGUGGCCACACAGAACUGACAGACUUAUCUGGAGGAGGGAAGAUGACAUCCUUGGGUGCACUACAGAAGGAAAUGGGUAAACUGACCUUGGAUACACCACAGAAAGAAAUACAUGAACUGCCCUUGGAUACAUCACAGAAGACAAUCGUUAACCCGGUUCCAGGUGGAUUUACAGUGUGGCAGCAGCAUAAAGCCUCGAGCUGAUGUGGCAUUCCACUUCAACCCCCGCUUCAAAAGGUCUGGCUGCAUUGUUUGCAACACAUUGGAGAGGGAGAAGUGGGGCUGGGAGGAGAUCACUUAUGAGAUGCCUUUUGAAAAAGGAAAGUCAUUUGAGAUUGUCAUCAUGAUUUUAAAGGACAAAUUCCAGGUGACUGUAAACAAAAAACACUUGCUGCUCUACAACCACAGAAUUAGCCUUGAAAAAAUAGAUACUCUUGGAAUAUAUGGCAAAGUGCACAUCAAAACCAUAGAGUUUAUUUCUAAGUCUUUACAAGGCUCUCAGCCAUCAUCUCUAGGAGUAACAAAGAUAAGCACAGAAAAUGGGGAGAUGCCAAAUGGUUUACAAUUGGAUGUUCCCUAUUUUGGGAAACUUGAUACUGCAGUUCGUCCAGGAUGCACAAUUGCCAUUAAAGGAGAAGUGAAUAAAAACCCUAAGAGCUUUGCAAUAAAUCUGAGACCAAGUGACUCAAAGGACAUUGCUUUACAUCUGAAUCUCCGAAUGAAAAAUAAAGUUUUUGUAAGAAACUCCUACCUUCAUGACAGCUGGGGAGAAGAAGAAAGGGAAGUUGCUAACUUCCCUUUCAUUCCAGGGAUGUACUUUGAGCUGAUUAUUUUCUGUGAUGCCUACCAGUUUAAAGUUGCUGUUAAUGGUGUUCACACUCUGCAGUACAAGCAUCGUUUUAAACAACUUGAAAAGAUCAACAUAGUGGAAAUCACAGGAGAUGUUCACUUGUUGGAUGUGAAGAGCUGGUAGUUCUUUCCAAUCACUACUAAAAGAAUUUAACCUCUUCGAAUGACAGUGCCUCCUUGUCAAGUACAAACAGGUGCUGACUUACGCUGAGCCUGCCUUUAAUCUAUCUAAGCUUUUGCAUUUGCCUCUCUGAGUUAGGCAAGUACCAGAAAUGCUAACUGCAAAUUUAAUCCUUCUCUAGUUUACAGUUUCCUGGCAAGCUAAGUUAGUGUUUGCUCAGAUAAAUCUCCUGUAUAACUGAACCUAGCAAUAUGAAAAUGCUGCAUCAUACUCUAACAAUAAUUACCAUUUGGCAUUCCUUGACACCAUACAUUUGAUAUUGUGAAGUAGAAAUGAGACUGAAAUAGGAUCCAAAGAUACAGUAAUCCACCUAAAAAGGGAUGUUUAUAAUUUAAGAUAGAACUAUGGAUUAUAAUUUUCUAUGUCUUAAUUUAUGUAGUACCUAUAACUGUUACAGUGAGGCUAGAUUAAGCAAACAGUUGACCCCUUACUUCAGCAAAAAGCAAGAAGUUCAAUCUUACCUCUUAGCCUGCUGCUGCAAUAGCACCUUCUCUGACACCUAGGGUUGUGUCACCUUCUGCUUACAAGGGCCCAAGAUUUCUAGCUUCUAGUUUUCCGAAGUGAAACAAUGGGAAAGUGAUUUAGCUGGUUUCAGUUACAUGAACUUUUGAAAGCUUGAUCUUUCUUUUGGAAGAUCUGAAGUAGCUCCUAACUGGGUUAAGAAUCUUUAGGGUUUAAAAUAGAUGUUUGUGGGUUUAAUUUUUAAAAUAUGUCUGAAUCCAGGUAGCCCAAAUACGGUUUCAGCUGAGAUGGCACUUGACUACUCAGCAGUGGACUAGAGAAUGAAUCCUUUUUCAGUCUUGUAUUAAAGUAUUAUCUAUAUGAAAUAAACUGUUCCUAUUUAGUUUUCCAUACCAAUGUCAGUCUUUUUAUAUUUUUAUUUUAAAAAUAAGUUAUUACCAGUUGUCAAUACGUGCCUGAAGGAUGUCCCUGUGUAUCUUAAGACUGCUAAUACUGAGACAAUUUCAAGAAUAAGAGGUACACUAGAAGACUUCAAAUGAGCAGAUUUAAUGUAUAAAACGCAUCAAUAAAAACAUAUGCAAACUCUUCUUUUCUCCAGGUGUAGUUAAGUAGCUAUUAUCCCUUUUUGGUCUAUAAUCUUGUUUUGUUUUGUCAUAGUCUUACCAGUAUCUCCAAGUAGGCAAAGUGAGCCUGACUGGAGAACCAUUUCCACAUUAAGGGAUUAGUGAUCCACAGAGCAGUUAACCUGAGCAGGCACUGGGGCUGUGCUGUGCUGGGGUGGCCUUCAGGACAGUGUAUGUGUGCUGUAUGUACUCCUGGGCUGUAGGAUAAACUCACUGAAACAGAGGAGCUGGUAGGAAGUUCCUCAUGGCAGUAACCACUUGUGCGUCUUUGCCUUAAGCUAAGAGUUCAGCAGCUGUUCUCAUGGGAAUGUCCUUUUUGUUUGAGAACAGACACAAUUAACAGUAUUAAGAAAAUCCUGUUAGAAGAGCUUGAUGCAGUAAUCUUUCCACAUGUGGGAUCUACAUGGCAUGCUGUACGCUGGACAGAGGCUUGUUCCCAGAACCCAGUGGGAUGUAAGAUUGUCCUCUGUAUAGUGUCAGUUCUAACCUGUUGCAUUUGAAAACCUUUUUUACAGAGUCUGAGUGCCUUUCUUAGUACCAGUAUAAUGAACCAGCAUCUCAUGGUGCAAAACAAGCAGUAAUUUUUUGGGUAAAUUCAUUAUGAUGGUAAGCAAUUUAUUGAACUUCAGCUAAUCAGUAACAGUCUUUAAAGACUGUAAAAAAGAUUAGGUUCCUACGUGACUCAUAGCUUCUCGUAACUUUUUCAGUAUCUUCAGUGGGCAUACUUUUUACUUUCCCUACAGAUGACAGAAAAAAACAGAUUCUCAGGAUUGCAAUACACUGGUCCAGUGAGGACCAUGCUUGGAGUAUGACAGCCUCUCCACUAGGACAGUAACUGUAUACCCCAAGCACAGUGGAAUUCAGUAAGUCUCACAUGUUGACACUCAGGAUUUGUUUAUAGCCUGUUUCAGUUUCUCACUGUUAAGAAAAGAGCAGUUAAGGAUACGUCGUAAGAGAAAUCCCCAGUCCAUCCAGAAAUGAUAAAGGCAGAUUCUUAAAAUAUUUUAAUAAAAAGUUAAAAUCUUGUUUCUGAUAAAAAUUGUUAUGACAGUUUGCCUUUAACACCUUAAUGUGUAAAGCUAACACAAUUCAGACAAAAUUUCAAAACGAAGGGUAUAAACUUAGAAGUAGCUUUGAAGUGGUUCUCCCAAAAUUACUUCCAGUUGUUGAAUUGUCUUCUGACACUGCUGUUCAACUUCUUCACAUUCAUCUAGAAAAAGAAAUUAAGCAGGAAUUAAAUACAACAGUUAUUAGACGGCUGCCCAAGGAAGGCUUCAUCACUCAUCAAACACCAUAUAUGAAGCUAUUAUUCAGAAAUAUUUAGUCACUGAACUAGGCAAACUCUUUCUACUAACACUGAUUAAAACUUGCAUGUGGGGAGAUGUGCACAGGCUACAACAUUGAAGAAACCACUGUAAUUUAACUGAAUUUCAUGAAUGUGUUUGACAUAAUCCAUUUUAGUUUGCAUUUUGCACAGUAUAAGCUACCAUAUGCAGUUUUAUAGCGAUUAUAACAAUGAGCCUGUCUCAAUCUUUGAAAUAAGUCACCCUUCACUAAUGCCAGUUUAGAACAUUACCUUCCAUAAGCUCAGCUAAGAAUGGAAUAGAUUCUGGUAGCAGGACCAGGUAGUUCUCCUUCAGUUUUUGUGCAACUUCUAUCAAAGCAAGCAGGGCAGCAAACCGGACCUAAACCAAAAAAAUUAUAUAAGGAAACAAAUGUUACAGUAUAGUUCUUUGUUUUCUCCCACCCCUGCCUUCUUGCCAUUCAUUAUAAGGUUACAAGCUUUCAUUACUGAAGAGAACUAGUUUUCAGCUAAUUUAAAUACUAACAUCUGGGUUAACAUAAUGGCAAAUAAAAAUAACUUGCAAGAA